AGCCAACUAUAUCUUCUCGACCUGAGUGUUAGGAUCUUAAUCAAGGAUAUGCUUUGGUAUUGCUGCUGAAGAAACUUCAUUCAAGAUGAACAAACGACAGAACUACCAUGAGGGCUUCUUGGAUAAGCGGUCGUUCAAAGACAAGACAUCUCGUAAAAUGUGGACUUGUCUCUGCGGCAACGUGCUUUAUUUCUACAACGACAAGAGGGAGACUGAAUGCACUUGGAAGUUGGACCUUGGAACGCUAGUGUCCAUAACAGAUGACAACACAGUGGAUCAAAAGUUGGACGUGGCUAAACUCAACAUUCAGACCAAAGACGGCAUCUACAAAUUUGCUGCACCGAACGCGGAGGCUCGUGAGUUGUGGAAGGGCUUGAUUAAAUCUGUAGCUGAGCUGUCCGUGCCCACGAAGCUGAACCUGUUGCCGGGACAGAUGGUCAUGCUGGAAGAAGUUGUGAAAAAGGAGAAAGAAAGACUACGAAAUGCUCAACAAGACAUGCCCAGUUGCUUUCACCCCGUGUCCCGCAUGGAGGCCGAGCUUCUGCUGGAACGAGAGGCCAACCGAGGAAACCUGUUGCUGAGGCCUAGCAGCGACGGCAACGGCUUCGCUCUCAGCACCAGGGAAGAGAUGAAGGAGGCCAUCUACAAACACUACCACGUUAGCCGCACGCCGGAAAACGGCUUCAGCAUCGAUGUGGAUAAUCCUGUCGCAUGUAAUUCGUUGCACGAAGUCGUCAAGUACCUUUUAGAGGCGACAGCUGGAGCUCUGACGACUCUGGACAGGGAGGAAACCUAUCAGAAAAAUAUUUUUUGCAUUUCCACGGAUGCUGAAAAUGGGGAGAGGAGAGUGCAUAGUGCCAACACAUCCGUGCACAUCCCGCUGCAAGGGCUUCACCCCAAGCAAGCUUUGCCAAGAGUGCCGAGUGAAGAGCAGGAAGAAAAUGUCUAUGUGAAUGACAAUAUUCCCGACGAUUCCACCGUGGAGCUGUCGCCAGAGCCUGAACCCAAACAGCCGGCUGGAAAAUUGCCUAACGUCUCAAAGCUUGAAACCAUAAAGGAGGCUGAGAAAUCACCAAAAGCGCAAAGGCCAACGCCCGAAAGAAAAAUACCAAUUGGGAAAUUGCCGAAAGCAUCGACGGCAGACGCUAAACCGUCGCCUGGGAAAUCACAGAAAGUGUCGCUGGCAGACACUCAAGACACUCACACUGGGAAAUCACCAAAAGCGUCCUCGCCAGAUGUUAAAGAACCAACUGCAAAAUCGCAGACAGCGCCGACGCCUGCCCCCCGCAGAUGUCCACCGUCUACCUCGCCGCCCACCGUCAAGUCCUCACUCAGCAGGGACAUCAGAUUGAGGCACCACAACACGGACUCCCACGUCCAAGCAUCUUUGGAAGAACUCAAGCUUAAGUUGAAGAAAGUCGGCAAGUGUGUCGAAUGACUCCCGUGACCUCUGCAACCUCUGCAACCAAUCAAUGUGAACGACUGACGACACGUCCGUCGCCAUUACGACCAGCUGCACUUUCUCCCACUUCACCCGUCUCGAAUUCUCUGCUGCAAACGUGGUGAAGACGGUCGCUGCCAUUAGCAUGGCAGUAGCAAAUGUCCCUCAUAUAUCUAUGAACUGCUGCUAGUUAGCCUUUGUAUAUAAUAUAUAAUUAUGGGCACAGAUGGAAAUAUUGCCCCUGUAUUAUUUGAUUCCUGUUUUGUACCGAAUACAAAUUGUUGGACCUGAUGUCAA